AAUACCGCACUCUAGUUGUCAGUUGUCAAAAAAAUUAUCGAAACAAUUCACCGUGAUAAACAACAAUUCGAAGCUAAUUGCUUCAAUAAAUCAACUGAAAUCGUUUAGAACGGUCCAUUAAACUUUAGCAAACAUUGUCAGUGACACAAAAUAAGUAAUAACAGUGGUUUAAAAUAAAGUGCAAACCGGCGUUUUUGUGAUGUUCUAUAGUUAAAUAUUCGUGAGUUAUGGCAUCUGGUUCUAAAAAUGAUGUAGGGAAUAGAUUGAUUAACCUGAGACUGGAGGAGGGCGGCGGCGGGGACGAGCUGCCGCCGCAGAACAUGCUGCCGUCACACCAGCAGGCGCGGCAGAUCGGGCUCAUGCAGGAAGACGAGGCAGGGCAGGCGCCCGAAGCCGUCGCCUCCUCCUCCGCCAUUGAGAAUCUCCAGCCGUCGAACAACACCGGCGGCCGUAUGCACAACUGGCAAGCGACUAAAACGACAGUCAAAGAGCGUCUGUCAUUUCUUUUCAACAACGAAAUCCUUUGCGACGUCCACUUCAUUGUGGGCAAGGACGCGAACCAGCAGAUCAUUCCCGCGCACAAGUUCGUGCUGUCGGUGGGCAGCGCGGUGUUCGACGCGAUGUUCAAUGGCGUGCUGGCUACAAAAUCAGAUGAAGUAGAGCUGCCUGACAUUGAGCCAGCCGCAUUCCUACAUUUACUAAAGUUUCUAUACUCUGAUGAGGUUCGAAUUGGGCCUGAGAGUGUUAUGACGACCUUGUACACAGCAAAGAAGUAUGCAGUGGCCGCUUUAGAGGAGCAUUGUGUGGAUUUCCUCAAAAGUAAUCUUGGUACAGACAAUGCAUUUCUCCUAUUGACACAGGCACGGUUGUUUGAUGAGCCACAGCUUGCUGCGUUGUGCUUAGAAAUGAUUGACAAGAACACAGCCGAUGCAUUGAAUGCUGAAGGAUUCACGGACAUUGAUCAAGACACAUUGAAUGCGGUUUUAGAAAGGGACACUCUUCGAAUCAGAGAAGCGAAGAUCUUCUCAGCGGUACUUCGAUGGUCGGAGGCGGAGUGCAUCAGAAGGCAGCUCCCGGUGACGCCGGCUAACCAGCGAACGGUCCUCGGCCGAGCCUUCAACGCCAUCCGUUUCCCACUGAUGUCCGUCGAGGAGUUCGCGAUGGGACCGGCCCAGAGUGGUCUCCUAGACGACAGGGAGAUCGUCCAACUGUUCCUGUACUUCACCGUGAACCCAAAGCCCAACGUGGGAUUCCUGGACACGCCCCGGUGCUGCAUGACCGGCAAGGAGCUGACGGUGAAUAGGUUUCCCCAGACGGAGUCUAGAUGGGGCUACAGCGGCACCACGGACCGGAUCAGGUUCACGGUCGACCAGAGGAUUUUUGUCGUGGGCUUCGGCCUGUAUGGCUCGUAUUUUGGACCUAAUGAGUAUGAAGUUCAUUUGCAGAUAAUCCACCUGGCUACGAAGAAGGUGUGCGGCUCGAACACGACGACGUUCUGCUGCGACGGCACCGACGACACCUUCCGCGCCAUGUUCAAGGAGCCCGUCGAGAUCCUCCCCAACACCUCCUACAUCGCCAGCGCCAAGCUCAAGGGUUCAGACUCGUACUACGGCACGAAGGGUCUCCGCCGCGUGACGGUGGACUGCAACAACGGGGAGAAGGUGGUGUUCCAGUUCUCGUACGCGGCCGGCAAUAACAACGGCACCUCCGUGGAGGACGGACAGAUCCCCGCCAUCAUCUUCUAUAUUUAAUGUGGCAGAUAUGCCAAGUACUACGCGCCAUUACGCUGGUCAGCUGUCACAAUACGUCUUUUUCGGUCUUCUAAUAUAGUAAAUAAACAGUACGGUAACAGACAUAUCAGCUGAAAUUCAUUAAUGAAAAACAAUCAUUAAUCAUAUCGAAGCCUCUCUUUCCUUAAUAACAUAACCAAUAAAUAUUAACACUUUAAUCUAUUCAUGUUUUUUUGUACAUUAAAUUCUCUUUUGUAACAUUUUCUAACUCUUAAUAUGACUAAUUUUUAAUAUAUCGCUUCAAACGAGGUCUCGAUAUGCACAAUAUAGAUUCUAAUAUUAUCUGUGAUAGGUAUGUAGAGUGUUAUAUGUAGGUCUGGAAUAUAUGCGGAUAUCUCGUACAUGCAGGGACGGAACCAGGUUUCGGUAAAAGGGGUCUAUUAUUGACAUAUUGAUAAUUAAGACCUUAAAACGUCGGUCAGGAAAUGUUUUGGAUGAAAUAAUGCAUGAUAUAGUGAUAGGAAUGAAGAAUGAACUGAGCAAUAUUAUUCUAACUGACAAUAUAGAAGAAAGCAAACCGACUGCGAAUACCACUUUUCUUUAAAUACAACUCGUUAAUUUCUGCAAUCUUAUAAUAGACUUAUUUUAGAAACCCUAUAAAUAGUAUUUCGCUCUUGCUGUUUCUGAUUGUAUUCUUUGGAUAGAGAACACUCAGUUCAUUCUCUACGUCUGUAAUAAUAUAUUAAAAAAAGGAAUAAAAUAUUGGUCAGACCCCCAAAUAACCUUUACUGGAUCCGCCCCUGUUAUUCAUCUCAUAAUCACCCUCAUUACGAAACCAAUGCAUAAAUCUGCUUUGUACUGUAUCAUAGGCGAUUAAAUUGUUGUGUUUUGAUAAAUUAUUUUUCGAUAUUCCGAAAUGGUGCCAUAAAUUUUAUCCGUUUUGAUAAUAUCCGAACUUUGUUUAAAUAUUUAUAAUGGUUAUUUUCAAGUAUAUUUUAUGGAUAUCAGUGAAAUGGCAUCGAUGCUUUCGAAAUAUUUUAAAAAUCUCACAUGACCUGACCACACUCCCUUGGUGGAUAAGCAGUCAGAACGUUUAGCAGGUCAUUAUAUAGAAUAAGUACUUGCGUGUGGUCUCAACCAAACAAAAGUAAUAAACGGCACCGCCAAAGUACUUGUAAAAAAAAUAUUUCUUAUGUUUACGCGAAUGUUAGACAUUAAAAUUAAACUCUUUUUCGGAUUUUAUCGCGGUUUUAAUAAUUUUAGUUUUCUCCCGAUGUUUCGAAGACUGCGGAUGAACAACACCCACCCCCUACCCUCUCGUGACCAUGGAGGCUGCAAAGUCUUCGAAACGCCGGGAGAAAACUAAAGUUAUUAAAACCGCGAUAAAAUCCGAAAAAUAGUUAAAUUUUAACAAAACUACUGUAUUAUAUACUGAACUCGGCAGUAAAUAUUACACAACGAAUUACAGAAAUGGAAUUGCUAAGUAAGCAACAAAACAUCUGAGUGGCAGAAACGGCACUCUGUAUAGCCGAAGUUAUUCAUCUAUUUUUAAAAACUGUGUGAUAUUUUCAAGGCCACAUAUUGUUUCUUUUUCCAUAGUUCGACGUAUAAAAUUUACUGCCGAAUGCUUUACUGUCUAGUGAUAUAUGUAACAUACAGAUUUUUGUUGGGGAACAUACUCUCCUUAAAACUAGUUUUUGACUAAAGAUCAAACAGAGCUUAAUCAUAGUAUUAAUUAAACAUUAGGAAUCCUGUUUUAUGAAUUCGAUUCUUGUUCAAAAUCUGAUAAGAAUUAAAUGUAAUAUUCUUUAAAAAUAAAAAUACAUUAUUUUCCGAGGGCAUGACCCUCAAAACAGCGUCUCAAUCCGCUACUAAAAGUUUUAUGCAUAAUACUUAUUGGCGUAACAAGCAAUGUUUAUACGAACAAAGUCACCCUAAAUAAACCCACUGUGAAUGAAUAUUGUAAUUGGGAUAUAGUUGUUUUAAUUGUCUAGUCAAAUUAUUUCAUUUUCAUAUAAAAAAUUCAUAUACUGCGUAAAAUAUUUUGUAUUUUUAGCCUUUGCGCAGCACAAUAAAACAUUUGACCAUAAAUGUAAUUAUUAUUUAUGAACUUUGAAUGAACUAAUGAACUUUUUUUUGAACGCCCAAAAUAUGAACCAUGAAUUUAUGCUAUAUUUUUUACUUCUUUCUUUUGUUUCAACUAGUAUUUUGAGACUAAACUAUUUUUUGUUUUAUUUUUUUAAUUUAUCUUGGGCUACUGAAACGUUAUCAUAAAUUAAUAAUUGCAUUUAUAGUUAUAAAGUAAUAAACAUAUAAAGAAAAGAAGGCUAAACCCAAAAUCUCACCGUCUAGUAUACAUCGAAGUGGCUUUUUAAAACUGCCGCCAUUUUUAAAAUCAAAAUGGCGGCCGACGCUAAUUAGCGAUUAGUAUUUUUUAUUUAUUGAAAAUAUUUUUUUAUUUAAAGUUAUUUAUGUCUCAGUUAAUUACCUUUAGCAAUAAAUGUUAAAAUUGUAAUAUGAAGCGAUGACUGUGAAAAUUAGAAGGAAAUUAAUGGGGAAUUGAGUUGUACGUAAUGUUUAGAUGUAAGACGUGUAUUAAAUGUAUUUUGUAUAGAAGCAACGGUUUAGAUGUCAUUAAAUGAAUUGCAACAACA